GUAUUUCCCUAAAUAAGCCAGAGGGACAGGAAUUGCUGUGUGAGCCGGAGGGACUGGAAGCAGAGCGGUGCACAGCCUCUGGUUAUAAGCCUUGGGAGUUGAACUCACAGCCUUCAGCUGCCUGGCUAACCUGACUGACUUGACUGAGAGAGCUUGUCUCCACUCCCUCUCUGUCCUGCUCCUUCCCUCCUACUUUCCAGCCUGGAGAGUGAAAGUGCACACAUUUGGAAGGUGCUCCUCAGACCUGAGCCUGGACAGCUUGAAGACAGCUUGGGGAGGAUUUUUUUUCUCUCUUCUCUCACUUUCAUCCUCUCCCUUUUUGUCUGAUCAUUCCCUCUAAACAAACCACGUGGACGGACUUUAACGUUUUGCUGGAGGCAGUACAUUUCAACAGAGGGUGUACUUCACCUGCAGCUGAGAAAAUCAAACUGUGAUUUGUGGGAAUUUUAGUGAAUUUUCCUGCACUUGUGAGCAGGACUGGGUUGGUUCAGCUGGUUACCCAGGAGGUCACCUCUCCUCCUCUUUGGCUGCAUGUUUGCUGAAUAUCUGAUGCGGUCUCAUCUCAUGGGAGACUCACGUGGCUGAAGCGAGGUGGGAGGUAGACGAGAGACCCAGCUGAAGUGCACACCUACGGCUCCCCUUACCUGGUGCGACCUCCCAGCCCUGCAGCCCCCCUGGGAAAAGACAGUUCUUUGUGUGAGAAGUCUGGGAUGCUGGUGACCAUGCUGUUGGCUCCUGUCUGUGUGCUGCUGAUGCUUGGAGGGCGAGCUCUUGGGGGAGGCUAUCCUCCCAUAACCCACAUGAAGUACAUGCAGCCAAUGAUGAAAGGACCUGUUGGACCACCCUUCAGAGAGGGCAAGGGACAUUAUGUUGAUAUGCCGCCCAUGAUGAAGGGGGAACCAGGCCCUCAAGGCAAACCUGGACCAAGAGGUCCCCCAGGACCGUCAGGACUUCCGGGAAAACCUGGAAUGGGCAAGCCGGGUCUUAAUGGACAGCCCGGCCCUCAGGGUCCUCCUGGUUUAACAGGCAUUGGCAAGCCUGGACUUCCAGGUCUCCCAGGAAAGAUUGGACCAAAAGGGAAUCCAGGACUUAAUGGUGAGGGUGGGCCACGUGGUGAACCAGGUCCACGUGGACCUCCUGGGCAGCCUGGGGUUCCUGGACCAGCUGGUUUGUCUCUGAAUGGAAAGCCUGGACUCCCAGGUAUCAGAGGUCCUGCUGGGUCUCGCGGGGAACCAGGAAUAACAGGUAUUCCUGGAAAUCCAGGAGAACGUGGAAUUAAGGGUGAGAGUGGAAAUGGAAAACCAGGACCUCCAGGUAUAAGGGGCCCUCCAGGUCUGAAAGGUAGUACAGGGCCAGCUGGUUUACCAGGGAUUGGCAAACCAGGACCUAAAGGUUUGCCUGGACUACCUGGAACUAAAGGUGAUCAAGGACUUCCAGGGGAUCAUGGAGAACCAGGAGCUCCUGGUCCAACAGGUCUUCAAGGUUUGCCAGGGGCUGUUGGAUUAGGGAAACCUGGUCUGGAUGGACUUCCAGGGGAACAAGGUCCAGUAGGUCCAAAAGGUGAACCAGGAUCCCGGGGAAAUCCUGGAAACCCUGGGCCAGCCGGCUAUGGAAAACCUGGUCUGAGUGGGCCGAAAGGUGAAAAAGGUCAAAAUGGAUUUCCUGGUCUCCCUGGGGACAAAGGGGAGAUUGGAAUCACUGGCCCAAGUGGGCAGCAAGGUCUUGACGGACUUCCAGGACCACCAGGCAUUCAAGGUCCAAAGGGGCUUCCAGGUAACCAUGGAAUGCCUGGCCAGAAGGGAGAACUAGGACCCCAGGGCCCCCCAGGAAUACCUGGACUUAAAGGUGAUCAAGGCCUUGGUGGUAUCCCUGGAAAUCCUGGGAUCUCAGGUGAAAAAGGCAUGCCAGGACCAAUUGGCCCCAUUGGAAAACCUGGACCCAAAGGUGAGUCAGGACAAAUUGGCCAGACUGGGAAUCCAGGACUGAUGGGGGCUCCAGGUCCUAAAGGAGAGGCAGGCUUUAUGGGGACACCAGGUCCUAGGGGUCAGUCAGGCAUUCCUGGUCUCCAGGGGCCUAUGGGUCCCAUGGGCCCACAGGGUGUCCCUGGACAAAGGGGUGAACCCGGACUCCCGGGGCCUCCAGGACAAGGCAAGUUGGGUGACAAGGGUGGAAUGGGUCCCCAGGGUCCACCGGGUAAACCAGGUCCUGCUGGGCUUAAUGGUCAUCCUGGCCUACCUGGUCCUCCAGGACCUCCUGGCCCUCCAGGAAAUGGUCAGACUGUUGUUGCUGGGCCAACCGAUACAGGGUUGGGUGGAGAGGAAAUCCCAGGUAUAAAACCGGCAUUCACACAAGUUGCAUUGUCUGCAUCUCUAGCACCAGCCUUUACAGCCAUUCUUACAACACCAUUCCCCCCCUCCGGCAUGCCAGUCAAAUUUGACAGGACCCUGUAUAAUGGACAAAAUGCCUACAGUACAUCUACAGGCAUCUUUACAGCUCCUCUGUCUGGUGUCUACUACUUCUCGUACCACAUGCAUGUAAAGGGAACAAGCUUGUGGGUGGCUCUGUAUAGGAACAAUGUUCCAGCCACUUAUACCUACGAUGAAUACAAGAAAGGUUAUAUGGACCAAGCAUCUGGUAGUGCUGUGCUUGAGCUCAAGGAAGGUGAUGAGGUAUUUGUCCAGAUGCCCUCAGAUCAAGCAAAUGGCCUUUAUUCUACCGAAUACAUCCACUCCUCAUUUUCAGGUUUCCUCCUCUGUCCCACAUAACCUUGUCCUUUUCUUUAAAAUAUUCCUGUAAUAGUGCCUCAAAACAGCCCUAAACCUAAGAUAGCUACAGCAAUAACAGCAACACAAAACUGAUAAUAUGUUGUUAUCACUGCCAACAUCAUAUCUGUCUCAAACUCAACAAUGCUAGUACUUGGUCAAUAAGAGAUGGAAGGUUUAAAAGGCAGGGUAUGGUUUGUUAUGCUGUGUUUCUUAUUUUAAUGUCCUUCAAAUGUGUUUCGGGGUAAUGUUUUUGUUGUUUUUUUUAGCUUAUAAUAUUAGAAUAUUUUAUUGUCACAUGUUGUUGUUAUUUUUUGAUCCAUGUCGUUGCUGUUGUUUUUGCUGAUUCUGACUUUUAAGUGCUUUACUUUGUAAAGAGCUUCCCGUGUGACUGCAAAGCCUGUCCACAUGCUCAGACAGGGAGGUUGACAACACCAAACCUCAAAGAGUGUUGGUUCCCUGGCUGCAGUCACAUCUCUAUGUGUUAUUUAAACCUUUAACAGUGAUACUUGCAUGAAGACCAACACUUCAUACAAAUGAUUUGAUAACAACAAGGCUCUUUGGUCAUGUAAUACUAUUAAUAUCAUUUAUUUCAUCUCAUCCUUUAUUUUGAUUCACUUAAAGCACCACCGUUUGGUAAAUUUGGGGUUUUGAUUGGGCAAUCUCACAGAAAGAUUUACAUUUUUGCACAAAAUGAGAUUUGCACCAUUGAGUGUUUAUCUUUUCAUUUAAUUUUCAACCCAUCCAUUAAAAACAAGGAAAAUUCACUGUGCUCUAUCAUAGUCCAUUAAAUAUAACCCCAAAUGAAACAUGACUCUAAUAUAAAAGAGUAAUGCAGAAAUAGUGUCUGUGUUUACAGACCAUAGAAUAAAUUUUGAAAGCAGAAGUAAGUGGAAAAGUGAGGUCUGUUUUCUGUUGGAUCAACAGCCAAUUUCCUGUUUCCUACUGACCUUACUUUUUCCAUGUGUACAGCACGUCACAUCCCCCAUGCCUCCUCUCCACCUGCCCCAACCAUGACAUAGUUAAUGUAAUCUACCCAUUAAUACAUCUGGAUUAUGGUCCAAUCCAAACAACCAGAAUAAAAACUGCUCUUAGUAAUCAUAAAGAACCAAAUCUGUGAAGACAAUUUAAUAUAAAUGGAUCAACCCAAUUUCAUCUAUUUCUUUCAUUUGAUUUCUCGUUCUUUAGAGGGUCGCUGGGAAAGUGGAAACAACUUAGAUUAUGUCCAAACUCAUCUGUGAAAAAAAAGCUGAAUUAUGUCUUUAGCCUAGGAGAAACAGGUGUUUCAGGACCGUAUAAUAUCUGAGCACACACAACCGUAAAUGAGAAUCAGUUUACGAGUAAGCGAAGGGACUCGCUGGUUGUGACAUACUGGUUGUGUAACAUUUAACAAACUGUCGGACCAUCCGGAACAGGUAGAAGGUCAAACGGAGGAGGCUGGUGUUUACUCGUAUCUGUUGGAUGAAGCAUUAAAGACUCGUGUGUAUGUUCUAGUACCCGUCUAACUGUUUCCCUGUCAAUAAAUGUACAAGUGUUUGUUUUGCUUUUACGGUCAUGUUGUCCCCUCACAAGUCAGGUCAUGAAUAUACCAGCAAAGAUCAUCAUAAACUUGAAUGGAACUGCUUUGAAAGGCGUAUGAUCCUGUCAAUGUUCUUUACAAAAACCCGAGGACCUGGACGUUUAAAUAUCUCGGCCCCCUUCGGGUCUCAAGGCAAAUCUCACACGAGUAACAAUUAAAUGAUUUUUAAAAAGCUUAAAACACAAGAGAAAUAUCUACUGAAACGUGAUGAUUGUGACAUAGGAAACAAAAAUCUGAUCAUAAUUUAAACAAUGCUUUUCUGGUCAACACUGAUGUUUUUUUGUAAUGAUGGAAUAAAUAGGAUGAUGUUAUCCAUCACACUACCACACAAAAGUCUGGGAUUACAUUGGAAACCAUGGAAACUAUCAUGAAAUUAGUCUGAUUAGCAAACGAACUGCUCAUGCAGACAUCACCAGAGUGCUAAAUCGAGAUUUUAGGUGAAAUGCCGAAUGUUUACUUCAAACUUUAAUUAAUCUGAUGAGAUGUCACCUCAUCAGAUCAUCCUGGAGCAUUUUCUGCUACAAGGGUUGGUCUGAUGAAGUCUUCCUCCAAUCCAGAGGACAGGCAGUUGUUAAUUAAAGGACUUCAUUCAGUUUCAUUUGAAAUGUUGCUCAUUCUUUAGUUAGAAAGAAUUUCCAAGGGAUCCCAAACUAAUGAGCGGUAGUGAAAGUUAGAAGACAAAACUGUUGAUAUUUAAUAGGAAGAAAUUCCUGUUUCUGUGACUUUCUGUAUUUGUACUUGUCUCAACUCCAACAGAUUUUCUCUGUUAUAAACCCAAACACUCAAUACACUGAAAUACACCCACCUUAUGCUAAGAUGCAGGCAUGUCAGCAUGCUGCAGGAUAGUGCCAAAUGUUGAUUUUUGCAAGAAUGUACAAUGUUUGGUGCUGAUUCUUCUGACCGUUUCUGUUAACCAUCCCCAGUCUUGUGCCAACAGGCCCAUUAUUUUCAAAGUUGAUCUAGAUAAACACGGCAAGCGUUGUGCCUAAUCUGUAUUUUUUAAUCUAUGUAAUGCACUUAUUCCUACCAUUCACUUGUCAUACCACAAACACACCACACCAAUGUACCAUUAUGUGAUUCUGUAAUCCAGACCAAGACUUGUUAUGUACUGUAGGUUUUUCUUGACUUUUGUUGGUCGAUUUUAUUUUUCUAAUGGAACACGUGUCAUUAUUACUAUCUGUUCUUAUUUUUCAUAGACAAUGCUUGCUUGCUGAUUUGUGUACAAAUCAUUCAACGAGUGUCAGUAAAAUCCGUCUCAGUCACAGAACAUUUAUUCAACCUGUUAUUUUUUUCUCUAUUAAAAUAGAAAAGUACAAAAAAGAAAAAUAAAUCCCAACUGUCUUGCUUCGGUUCUUAAGGGAUAUUUGUUUGUUAUAACUUCAGUAAACACAAACGGUCAUUCCCAUUUGCACAUGAAAUAAUGAAAGAUGUAUUUAUACAUUAUUGAUAAUUUAAUAGGAUGCCAAAACUGACCACCGAAGCCUAGAAUAUAUAAAUGGUAUUUAAUAGCAUUGACGAGUUAUUAGCAUUUAACACUUAGCAUUCUAGAUUUGUUUGUGAGGGAUUGUUUGUGAACCGAUUUGUGUCAUGUUCAGUACUAUAUUAUAAUGUAUUUUUGUCAUACUAUUGCUUGCACUCUCUGCAAUAGAAAUUUGGUAUAAAUGCACUUCCCUUGAUUGAAAAUGUUUGUCUGCUUAAACAAAAUCUGCAGUACUUGAUUGUAUUGAUAACACAUCAAUAAAACUUUCUCGUAAAUUGGU